ACAUAUAUAUUUUAUUGUGAAUGUAUAUGUGUUGGUAUACUUGUCAUGAUAAACGUCAUACUAAUAGACCACUGUUGCUGUUGUCCUACUGCAUGCCACAUUAUAGACAUGAAUAAAAGAAAAGCACACAUAAUGUUCAGCAAUGCAAAAAAAAAAAAGUAUUACUUUUCAUUCAUGCAGAGUUGUAAACAGGAAAUUCCACGUUUUUAUUUCCUUCUUCGGCCGAAACUACCCGCACUGCUGGCUGCCUGCAGGCCGCCUCGGGUGAUGCCGCGUCAAUGCGCGCGGCGUUGGGAGCAGCUGGGAGGCGUUUCUCAUCGGAGUUUCAGCAAGUGCAGAACAAGGAACAGACUCAGAACCGCUUAAGGACGCGGAGCGUAUCGCACGCGAGACACCCGCAGUGGACGUGAAGUUUCCCCCUGAGCGCCACAGCUGCACGCGCACAAACAUAAAAAAACAACAACAUCUGUUCUUCUGAAGAGAAGAUCUCAGCGAGGGAUCGGGAAUAAAAACAGCUUCCAUCCCGGUAGGAAGUGGUGUGAACUACCUCCCUGCGGCCGUCGGUCCUCUCCUACUGCUGAAAAAUGAGUCUGAGCACCAGUGAGCUGGAGGACCUGUGGGCGUCGCUUGAUGACCUCAACCUCUCCGAAGCCUUUAGCAACAUAUCGAGCGUGGAUACGACGGUGUGUGCCACGGCCUUCAACCGCAACGCCCUGCUCUACUCCAUGUGUGUCCUCUACAGCUUCAUCUUCAUCAUCGGCCUCGCCGCCAACGCUCUGGUCCUCUGGGUAAACGUUCGCGCCCAAAGGGACUCCGCCCCUCGCCACGAGACGCACGUGUACAUUUCCCACCUCGCCGUCGCGGACCUCUGCGUGUGCGCCACCCUGCCCGUGUGGGUGAGCUCGCUGGCCCAGCACGGCCACUGGCCCUUCGGCGAGGUGGCGUGUAAACUCACCCACCUGCUGUUCUCCGUCAACCUCUUCGGCAGCAUCUUCUUCCUGGCCUGCAUGAGCGUGGACCGCUACGUGAGCGUGACCAAGCACGGCGACCACGAGAGAGGCCCGCGCAGGAAGCUGAUCCGCGGCGCCGUGUGCGUAGGCGUGUGGCUGCUGGCUCUGAUCGCCUCCCUGCCGGACACCUACUUCCUGCGCACUGUGAAGUCAACACACGGGGAGGCCAUGCUGUGCCGGCCCGUGUACCCGGAGGGGAACCCCAGGGAGUGGAUGGUGGGCGUGCAGCUGAGCUUCAUCCUGCUGGGCUUUGUUCUCCCCUUCCCGGUCAUCGCGGUCUUCUACGCCAUGCUGGCCAGAGCUUUCACUCGCUCCUCUUCUUCGUCGGCGUCCUCCCCCGUGGACCAAGAGCGUGGCGUGAGCCGCAGGGUGAUCCUGGCCUACAUCGUGGUGUUCCUGGGCUGCUGGGGGCCCUACCAUGGCAUCCUCCUGGUUGACUCCCUGUCUCAGUUAGGCCUGGUGCCUCUGACCUGUGGGCUGGAGAACGUGAUCUACGUGGCCUUGCACCUCACCCAGUGCUUGUCCUUGCUCCACUGCUGCUUCAACCCCAUCCUCUACAACUUCAUCAACCGAAACUACCGCUAUGACCUCAUGAAGGCCUUCAUCUUUAAAUACUCCACGCGGACGGGUUUGGCUCGCCUCAUCGACACUUCCAACAUGUCUGAGGCCCGAGUAUCCGCGGUAGCUGUAGAGAACCCUCCACAGGUCUGAGGCGGUUGUGGAACCUAAAACAUGUGUAAUAUAGUUGCUGUUACGAAAUGAUUUGUUCCAAUCAGAAUCUGUCCAAAGACGGCUCCCUUUGUAGAGAAAUGUGCAUCUCGCAGGAAGGGCGUGAAGGCUGAUGUCAAUUGGAUUGAUCGAUUUAAAAAGCACUUACAAAGCAGUUUUAUUAUAACAGCUGAUUCCAUAUAUUUCACUCAUCGUCACUCAUUUGUAAAGCCGAUGCAGUGGCUGUAUAUAUAUAUAUGUAAAAUCAUUGCUUGUACUGUUGAUGUAGGAUUGUACUGUUUGUGUGUGUGUGUGUGUGUGUGUGUCUGCGGUGUGUAUAAUGUGACUGGCAUUGAAUAUCGAUAGUAUCAACAAUAUUGUAAUAUUGUUAAUCUUUUCUUUUUUACAUCAUUUUGUAUUUAUAUACUGUACAUUUUACAUGUAUUUUCCUUCCUUAUGUAAAUCAUAGACAUCACACACUGAGCAGUUCUCAACUUCCUACAAUGCUGCUUCACCAUUUAAUCCAAGAAACUGACUGGCUCAGUGUUCGAGUCCUGCUGUCUCUGUUAUUGACCUCGUGUCAGAUCAGUUCAAUUCUUCAAACACAAAAAGAAUAAAUCAAUUUCACUUCAACUAGUCCCAUUGACUAGUUGAGGAUCAGUUUGACUUGUAGGACAUUUAGGUGUCUGUUCACUAAAUAUGAAGCUACAGCUCGCUGCUCAGUAUUAAGAAUUAAAAAAUGUGGAAUCAUCUCGCCUAGUCGACAUAUUCUUUUGUUUCAUUUUUCAUCAGAGUGGCAAUGCAUCAACCCUCUCAUCGUUAAUCUCUCUGCAAGAAUCUAGAUUUUCCUAUUUUGCGAAGGUGCAAAGCUGAGGUGUUGCGCUUGCAUGUGACGCGCACGGCAAAUGAUCUUCUUUUGGUUCUUAGUAUUUACACAGUCUGGAUGCUUCAACCGGACUGCUGAGCUCAAAGAUCAGAUAGAUGUAGGUCCUGUGUCAGUAUUAGAUAUAAGUAUUUUAUGGGAGCUAUAUUUUAUUUCAGUGCUAAUGGUCUAAAGGAUGUUCAUGUGCCCUCGUGGGAUUAAUCCCGCCGUGUCAGCGCGCAGGCUGCCGAUGGCUAAAAUAUUUAUGACCAAACAACAUUAAAGAAAAUCCAAACUACUUUUUUUUUUACAAGCAGCAGCUGUGAUGUAUAACAACCAAGUGUUUAUUAGGGACCAAACAACCAAAAAAAUAUAUUUUUAUUUUAGAGUUUGUAUAUGUGUGUUGGCGUGCCUCCGCUUGACUCCCAGAAUAACUAUUUAUGUGUCAUAAAUAUUGAGUUGUACAGCUGGCUCACUGUCUGUUGUAGGAAGCAACACAUCCUUUUGAUGCGCUGACAUAGAGCUCAUUGUGUCACGUUAAUGGUUGCACAUGUUUGCUUUGAUUUCAUGUUGCAGUAAGAAAAGAGUGGGGACACAAACAUGUGUCGACAAGAACGGAGGCAUUCCUUUGGUAUUGUAAUGUGUAACAUGUGUUUUGUUAAAUAUUAAAUAUUCAGAAAAUG